AUGCAGUCAGUCCUAGCAUACCGACGCAUUCAGCGCAAGACGCAGAAGACAAGCCUUGAGGCAAGCCCUAAGCCAUCACGUCUCCCUGAAUCAGUCAGCAAUACUGCUCAGCAAGACACGUUACACGAGAAAGCUCACCUCGAAGACUUCCUCGUCGAUUUCGACGGCCCUCACGAUGCCCUCAAUCCGCAAAAUUGGCCCCCGUGGAAGAAGGCCCUCACAAACAGUAUGACAGCAUGCGUGGCCUUCGUCUCCGGAUUCGGCUCCUCGAUCAACUCUCCUCUCAUUCCGCAAGCAUCUCAUCAGUUUCACGUUAGUCAAGAAGCCGAAUCACUCGCAACUGCCCUUUUCCUGAUCGGCUUCGGAUUCGGUGCACCAUUCUCAGGUCCGCUUUCAGAAACUUUUGGUCGGAAUCCAAUCUACCUUGGGACGCUUGCGUUGUUCUGUUGUUGGACUCUCGGCUCGGCUUUGAGCCCGAACUUCGGCGCGCAGCUGGUGUUCAAGUUCCUAUCAGGUUUCUUUGGCUCCACUGCCUUUACUACCGCAGGCGGAACUCUUGGCGAUGUGUACAAUCACGAGAUGCGAGGGAAGAUCUUCCCCUGGUUCGGGGCAGUGGCUCUGUCUGGACCAAUGAUCGCGCCUGUGGUUGGCGCCUACGUUGGGCAAUCGGGCAUAUCCUGGAGAUGGGCGGACUGGAUCACACUAUGUAUUGCUGGAGGUCUUCUCACAGUGAUGUUCUUUCUCUUGCCCGAGACGUACGCCCCGAGGAUCCUCGAAUGGAAAGCUGCGGCCAAACGGCAGGCGACGGGCGACGCCCGAUACCACAGCCCUCAAGGGUCGAUAUCGAAGAAGACACUCGUCAAGAAAAUUGCUGAAGCUCUGCAUCGUCCACUUCUGCUUCUGCUCAGGGAACCGAUACUGCUGGUGUUGACGGCUUACUUAACCUUUGUCUACAUCGUGGCAUUUUCCUUCUUCACGGGAGCACCAUUCAUCUUUUCCGACACGUAUGGAUUCGAUCAAGGGAGCACGUACCUGAUGUUCAUCAGCACGACCGUUGGAUUGUGGAUUUGUGCUUUGGCGUCGCCAUUGUAUGGCAUGUUGCUUGGGCGCGAGUACAGGAAGGCUGCCACGCAGGGAAAAGCGCACGCUGAGCCGGAGGCCAUGUUGUGGUGGGCAAUGAUUGCUGCCCCUGUCCUCCCGAUCUCCUUGUUCUGGCUUGCAUGGUCGGACUAUGCUUCUGUCUCUUACUGGAGCCCAAUCAUUGCAUGCGCCUUCUUCGGCUUCAGCCUACUCUCGCUGUUCCUGUCCAUCUACAUUUACAUCAUCCAGGCCUUCACCCGUUUCGCAGCGUCGGCACUUGUGGCGAUUACGUUAGUACGGUAUAUUGCUGGUGGCUCAAUGGUCAUCGUCGCCAUACCGAUGUUCAAGAACUUGGGAAAUCACCAUGCUAUGACCGUCCUGGCUGCGAUUGCGUGUGCCUUCACGCCUGCUCCGUACAUUCUCUACCUCCGAGGCGAUCGGAUUCGCGCUGCCAGUCGGACCAUUGGCGCGAAAGGCUAG